CAUCCAAAAUUUGGAUUGUUUCCCAUUGUUUUCCAUAAAAGCGCGAACACCUCGUUCAGAUAAGGCACUAGUAUGUGGGAAACAGAACGUUGAUCAUGUCAGAAACCAAAGAUCGCAAACUAAAGCACCUUUUCGACGGUAGCGAGUGGAAUGUGUAUGAACCGAAUAUAUUAAAUCUUGGAGUUGGUGCCCCAGGAACGGAUCUCCUUAACGCCAACUGCGAUAGCUUCAGGAGGGCCACUGAUCAUUGUCUGGAACGUGAAAAGCUGGAAAAUCAGUCACUGAUUUUCCAAUAUGGACCUACAAGUGGUACUUUUGAGGCUCGCCGAGAGAUUUCCACCUAUUUCACCGAAAUGUUUGAGAGCCCCGUAAACUGUGAGGAUUUGAUAAUCACCACAGGAGCUUCCCAUGGCCUUCACCUACUUUUGUCCACGAUGAUAGACUUUCAGGGUUUUGUAUUCGUAGAUGAGUACACCUAUAUGAUUGCCCUGGAUAGUAUAAAGCACUUUAGCAGUCUCACAAUAGUUCCCGUAAAGCUAAACGACGAUGGCGUGGACCUAAAAGAUCUUGAGGAGCAGGUUUCCAAACGUCGUUUUACUUCGGAGAAGAAGCCAUUCUGGGGAAUGUACUACACCAUACCCACCUAUCAUAAUCCCACGGGCAUUCUAUUCUCUCCAGAGGUCUGUCGUGGAAUUGUUCAGCUGGCCCGCAAGUUCGACUUCCUGGUGGCUUGCGAUGAUGUGUAUAAUAUCCUUCACUAUGGCGAGAAGCCCACCAACUGCCGUCUGAUGUCCUAUGAUGAUAGAAAGGAUACAGACUUUGCAGGUCAUGUUAUUUCCAAUGGCAGUUUCUCCAAGAUUCUGGGUCCUGGCGUUCGCCUGGGCUGGCUGGAGGUUCCUCCGCGUCUUAAGCCAAUCUUGGAUGGAAGUGGCUUUGCCAGGAGCGGUGGAUGCUUCAAUAACUACACAUCUGGAAUUGUGGGAAGUCUCUUCGAGCUGAAGCUAGCUCAAAAGCAAAUAGCUGUGUUUUACGAGGCCUACAAGGAGCGAAUGCUGGCCACCACGCAGGUUCUUCGAGAUGAGCUGCCCAAGAGCUGCAAGGUAGUCAGUCCCUCGGGCGGAUACUUCAUCUGGGUGCGAAUCCCCGAUCAACUCGAUUCCCGAGAGUUCCUCAAGUACUGCCUGGGAAAUCAGAAGAUUUACUUUAUCGAGGGCACCCGCUUUUCUGCGGAUGGUCAAAGUGGCAAGCAAUUCUUCCGGCUUUCCAUCGCCUUCUAUCCCAAAGAAAAGCUGGUGGACGGAGCUAAAAGACUCUGCCAGGCGCUAAAGGAUUACAUAGCCAACCAAUAGAUCCCCCACGGCGUAUCUUAAUAUGGCAAAAUAUUUUUUAUUACUGUGGUUAACUGCUAUCGUACUUUAAAUAUGACUUAUAAAGAUGUGACUUGGCACUAAACUACUUAUCAAGACGUUAUCUACUACAUAAAGAAAUAUAUGAUAUACAAACA